AACCCGAAGGGCUCUUCCCCGCCCCCUCUCCCCGCGCCGCUCGCUCUGCCCUCCGCCUCCUCCUCUCCGCCCACUCUCCUGGCGGCGGCGGCUUUGUCUCGUGGGCUGGUCCCUGGCGGCUCCCUCCCCCGAACAGCUGCCGCCGAGGGAGGAAGCGGCGCGGGAGCUAUCCAGCACCCCGGUGCUGAAACCCUGACCGCCCGUCAUCCACCAACACCAUGUAAGGGCCAUGAAAAGGGCUCGUCCUGGCUCAGCGCGGACAUGGAGGAGGACUUAUUCCAGCUAAGGCAGCUGCCGGUGGUGAAGUUCCGUCGCACCGGCGAGAGUGCAAGGUCAGAGGAUGACGCGGCUUCAGGAGAGCAUGAGGUCCAGAUUGAAGGGGUCCGCGUGGGCCUAGAGGCUGUUGAGCUGGACGAUGGGGCAGCUGUGCCCAAGGAGUUUGCCAAUCCCACUGACGAUACUUUCAUGGUGGAAGAUGCGGUGGAAGCCAUUGGGUUUGGAAAAUUUCAAUGGAAGCUGUCUGUUCUCACCGGCUUGGCUUGGAUGGCCGAUGCCAUGGAAAUGAUGAUCCUCAGCAUCCUUGCCCCACAGCUGCACUGCGAGUGGAGACUCCCCAGUUGGCAGGUGGCGUUGUUGACCUCGGUAGUCUUUGUCGGCAUGAUGUCCAGCUCCACGCUCUGGGGAAACAUCUCAGACCAGUACGGCAGGAAAACGGGGCUGAAGAUCAGCGUGCUCUGGACUCUGUACUAUGGCAUCCUCAGUGCUUUCGCGCCUGUGUACAGCUGGAUCCUGGUGCUCCGAGGCCUGGUGGGCUUCGGGAUCGGCGGGGUCCCCCAGUCGGUGACACUGUAUGCUGAGUUCCUUCCCAUGAAGGCCAGAGCUAAGUGCAUUUUGCUGAUUGAGGUCUUCUGGGCCAUCGGGACAGUGUUCGAGGUCAUCCUGGCUGUGUUUGUGAUGCCCAGCCUGGGCUGGCGCUGGCUACUCAUCCUCUCAGCUGUCCCGCUGCUCCUCUUUGCAGUCUUGUGUUUUUGGCUGCCAGAGAGCGCAAGGUACGAUGUGUUGUCUGGGAAUCAGGAAAAGGCCAUCGCCACCUUAAAGAGGAUAGCAACUGAAAAUGGAGCCCCCAUGCCACUGGGGAAACUGAUCAUCUCCAGACAGGAAGACCGAGGCAGAAUGAGGGACCUUUUCACGCCCCAUUUUAGAUGGACAACCUUGUUGCUGUGGUUUAUAUGGUUUUCCAAUGCAUUUUCUUACUACGGAUUAGUUCUGCUCACCACUGAGCUCUUUCAGGCAGGAGAUGUCUGCAGCAUCUCCAGCCAGAAGAAGGCAGUGGAAGCAAAAUGCAGCCUGGCCUGUGAGUACCUGAGUGAGGAGGAUUACAUGGACCUGCUGUGGACGACCCUCUCUGAGUUCCCAGGUGUCCUUGUGACUCUGUGGAUCAUCGAUCGCCUGGGCCGCAAGAAGACCAUGGCCCUGUGCUUCGUCAUCUUCUCCCUCUGCAGCCUCCUGCUGUUCAUCUGUGUUGGAAGAAACAUGCUCACUCUGUUACUCUUCAUUGCAAGAGCGUUUAUUUCUGGAGGCUUCCAGGCAGCUUAUGUUUACACACCUGAGGUCUAUCCCACGGCCACUCGAGCGCUGGGCCUGGGCACCUGCAGCGGCAUGGCAAGAGUGGGUGCUCUCAUUACUCCGUUCAUUGCUCAGGUCAUGCUGGAAUCUUCCGUGUACCUGACCCUGGCGGUAUACAGCAGCUGCUGCCUCCUGGCCGCCCUGGCCUCCUGCUUCUUGCCCAUCGAGACCAAAGGCCGCGGACUACAGGAGUCCAGCCACCGGGAGUGGGGCCAGGAGAUGGUCGGCCGAGGGACGCAUGGCACAGGCGUCACCAGGUCGAACUCUGGCUCUCAGGAGUAGUGACUGAUGCGGGGCUGAGUUGGUCUUUGAGGCCAUAGAACGCAGGGAGCUUGUGGAGCCCAGCUGGGGCACUGACCCUCACAGCCCACGUCAAGAACUCACCCCAAAGGACAACCUGGACCUACAGGGUUUUGUGUCUUGACUCCGUUUGCUCAUAUUCACUGAGAUCCCCCUGGGGCUGGGGAGGCAUUUGCUCCGGGGGGUUCUCUGGAGGUGUGGGGGGAGGUUUGUUAAUAACCUGUGGACCUGCAUGGGGAAAACUGCCACAUUAGGAGUGGCCGGUUUCACCGGUCGCCAACCAGAUGCCGCCCAGAGUCAGCCAGUCACACCCUUGGUGAACAACCCCCCACACAUCUCUGUAGAUACAGUCCAGGCCCAGGGCCCAGUAGAGACCCGCCUCAAGGGACUCAACACCUGCCAACGGGAUCUGUUCAGGAGGUUUCUUCUCCAUCCCCAGCCCCGGAGUCUUCUUCUUUGAAAUUGCAGGUGACCCGGCUGUGGCCUGAACAGCUUCUUCCUGGGUCUGAGAGAUGCUGUCUCCGAAGAGGUCCUUUGGUCUGCCUCCCCAGGGCCUGAUUAGCGGAGACUCUGACAUAUGGACAUGUGUUUGAACUUGAGCCACGUGUCCCCUCCUGGUCCCCUCUGGAGUUGCUCUCUCUGGAUCCAGCGGAUCUACAGGUCUGGGGACGGCUGGGCUUCGACCAGAUGACCACCUCAGAGAGCUGUCGCCCUCCCCCUCCCCCAGGAAUUGGGGACUGAGGCCAGAGGAGGUGAGGAUAAAGUCCAAAGCCAAAGCCGGGGCCUCCCGUUUGGAAACAACGAAGGCCAAUGCCAGGGGCUUCUUUUCUGACCCCCUCGUUGGUCAGGCUGGUUGGUGACUCUUGGAGAAAGAAAAUAGUUAACUCAGGUUUCAGUGCUGUGGAUGUUGGGGGUGGGUAACUGGCUACUCGGGCAGAGAAAUGGAAAAGAUUCUAUACCAACCACCCCCUCCCAGCAAGGUCAGGGAACCAGGAAUCCUUGCCCGCCCCUUGGUUUCUUGUUUGCCCCUGCUAUCAAGGGCCGGCUUGGUCUUUGUAUAGAGGCAGCUCCUGGGGGUCCAGCAAUAGUUCUCCGCCAUCAGUGGGGAGGACCGGGAGGGCCCACAUGUGUGACAUGUGUACAUUUGCAAAGGAAAAGAGGGCAGUUAGUUGGUUUUGCGGUUGGCCUCGGGAGGAAGGGCUGAUGCCAUUGUCUCAGCAGACAAUAUGCACCUCCAGGAUCUGGUUUCCAUGAGCCCUUUCCCCAUCCUGAAGGCAGGGAACCUAGAACAGGAGGGUGGAAGCUGCUGGAUCCCAUCAAAGGCCAGAGAAGACUGACCUUCUGCGUGGAGACGCCUGCUUGAAGUCAACAUUUUGAGGAAGCCAAAUGUGUACGUUCAUCUCUUAUUAAAACAUGUUGGUGAUGGACAUUGUAAA